GUCCGCCCUUACUUCAUGCUUUACCAAACUCACAAUCCUCAUUUCUUCCCAUUUCACACCUUUGCUUCCAUUUCUCUCCCUGCAGCCAACACAAACUCUCUGUUAUCUUCUUCUUCUGUUGAGGAAAUGGAAUGCGUUGAAGCUGCUUUGGAGACUAGUUUAAGGAAGGAAAUUGCCCGAAAAUCCAACCCACAAGCCGUUUCGGAUGAUUUCUUGGCAAUCAAUACCCAAAAUGUUGAAGAUGACUUUGUUAACGGCUUCUUUGACUUCUCAAAAGACGACGGUUUUAAUGGAGAAGCAGAGCCCCAAGAGAAAAACUCCAACAACUAUGUGGCACCAAAGCAAGAUGAACAAGUCGGUGAGAACGACUUGGAACCAAUUAUCAAUUUUGAAGAUUUUGGCCCCGUACCAGGCGAACUCGUCCUCCCGGCUCAUGAUGUCGAAAACCUUGAAUGGUUGUCUCAUUUUGUGGAGGAUUCUUUCAAGGAGCACUCUACACCGUUUUCCGGCGAAACUUCAUCGGUGAAAGGGAAUGAAAAAGUUGGUGAAACAAAACCACCGGUUUUGACAAAUACUCAUGUCAAUGCUCCGAUUCCAGCCAAGGCAAGAAGAAGCAAACGUGUAAGGGCUGGAGUACGAGGUUGGUCAGUUGGGUCACCUGCUUCAUCGGACAGUUCUUCAAUUUCGUCUUCUGGUUCUUCAGGCCUUUCAAGCCGUUGGCUUUUUUACUCUAACGCUAGUUCAUUUUCCAGGCCUCGAGCAAUUGAUAAACCCAAAAAGCACAAGAAAAAAUCUGUAACUAGGAUGGUUUCCAAUGGACCUGGCAUCGCUGGGACUGAGCUCUUCUUCGUACGGAGGUGCUGCCAUUGCGGUGUCCUGAAGACACCACAGUGGAGGACCGGGCCGCUUGGAGCCAAGAGUCUCUGCAACGCCUGUGGGGUCCGUUACAAGUCGGGCCGGCUCUUACCCGAAUACAGGCCAGCUUGUAGCCCGACCUUUUCAAGUGACAAGCACUCGAACCAUCAUCGUAAAGUACUGGAGAUGCGACGCAAGAAGGGACUGCCGGGUCAACUUGAACCCGGUUUUUCUCAUGUUUCUGUGCGUACCUAUUGAAGGAUUAAGCGGGUGCACCAACCCAAAAAAAAAAAAAAAAAAAAAAAGGCCUUAAGUAUUUAGAAUAAUUAAAAUUUUGUACCCGGUUUAGUUAAUGUAGUUCCUAGUAGGUCCAUUUGGAAUUGGUGUAUAUUUUAUCGUGGUGGGUGUGGUAGUUUCCCUGGGAUGUUUCUUAUUAGGAAGACUUUAAAUAUGUACUAAUUUGUCUUUUUAAUCUUGUUUAAAUUUAAACGUUUACAUA